AUGUGCGCAAAGCUGGCCGCCAGGCAGCGGCUGCAGGAAGGAGGCGGCCGAAGGAUGAACUGCGCCCACGCGGGGCUGCACGCGGAGCCGCAGAUGAGAAGCUGGAGGAGCAGGGCGGAAGUUACACCGCAGAGAACCCUGAACAUCAGCCCGAGCGUCUCGGCUUUUCUUGGGAGGCUGCCAAGGGCCACGGAGGAGGUCUGUGCAAUACGUUCUGGAGUUCAGCUGUGUGGUUCUGACCUGGGCCCGCUGGUUCAUCCCUGUGGUCCAGCCGCCGGGUGGGCUGGGGCACUCAUUCACAGUAGCUGGCUGGCUGACCAAUGGGUGCAGGACCCUCUGCUGCAACUGCUCCGCCUGGCUCCAAGGGAGGCUAGCAUCCGCCGGCAGCUUAACCCAGGCUUCAGCACCUGA